CAUAAUUUACCCCAGUAGAUACAGCUCUGACGUCAGUGCGUUUAUGGGCAUGCAUACAAGGAUUGAAAAUAAACAAAGACCGAAAGCGGCUGAUUGAUCAUUAAGCUGCCAUAAACAUAACUUAAAAAUACUUUUAGGCAAUUUUUUUUUAAAGCUACUACAAACACCCAGCAUCUGAAUCAAGACGUCCCUACGGCCAUGGAAAACGCAUUGUUGAUGCGAGUGAGUGUUUUCUCCGACCAGGGAGGCAGGAAAUACAUGGAGGACGUUACCGAGGUUGUAGUGGAGCCCGAGUCGGGGGAAGACGAGCUGAACUCGGACGAACAAGAUGAGACCAAAGGGGAUAGCUCGACGGUCGACAUUGUGCCUGAAAACGAGCAGCCUGAUCGGACUGUACACAACGAGCCUCUAUCUGCCUCCACUACAGCUGCAUGGACACAAAAUGUACAAAAUGGGGACCAAAGUUGUGCUGCAGUUGCACUGGCAGUUUCGACAGUGGAGAGUACACCGGCGGAGAGCGAUAACCGGCCCCAGCGCUCGGUGGCUUUCUUCGCGGUGUUUGAUGGCCACGGAGGCCGAGAGGCAGCGCAGUUUGCACGGGACUAUUUAUGGGAAUUCAUCAAGAAACAGCGGGGCUUUUGGUCCAAGGAUGACGAGGAAGUGUGUGCAGCUAUUCGUAAAGGUUUCGUUGCCUGCCACCAUGCCAUGUGGAAAAAGCUGCCCGAAUGGCCCAAAACUCUCACAGGGCUUCCCAGCACCUCAGGCACCACGGCCAGUGUCGUGGUCAUCCGGGGGAACCGAAUGUACGUGGCCCACGUAGGAGACUCUGCCAUAGUGCUGGGGGUCCAGGAUGACCUCACAGACCAGUUCAUCAAGGCCGUGGAGGUUACACAGGACCACAAGCCUGAGCUGCCCAAGGAGAGGGAACGCAUCGAAGGGCUGGGGGGCAGUGUUAUAAAGAAGUCUGGUGUGAACAGGGUGGUGUGGAAGAGACCCAGGCUGACUCAUAACGGCCCCGUCCGGAGGAGCACCGUCAUCGACCAGAUCCCUUUCCUGGCUGUGGCCAGAGCUCUGGGGGACCUGUGGAGCUAUGACUUCUACAGCGGAGAGUUUGUCGUGUCCCCGGAGCCAGACACCUGUGUUCUGACCCUUGACCCCCAUAAACACCGUUACAUCAUCCUGGGCAGUGACGGGCUGUGGAACAUGGUGCCCCCCCAGGACGCCGUCUCCAUGUGCCAGGACAACGAUGAGGCCAUGGCGCCGUGCGGGGUGUCCAGCGCUCGCCAGCUGGUGAGCCACGCCCUCCUGCGGUGGCGCCAGAGGAUGCUGCGUGCGGACAACACGUCGGCCAUCGUCAUCGCCCUGCAGGAGCCGGGUGUCCCUCAGGAACCUCUCCACCACGAGGAGGUGCUGCUGAACCUGGCCGAGGGACAACACUGUGGCCCCGCAUCGGACUCCCACUCCAACACACCACUCGUCAAGGUUCCAGACAUGGACAUGUCGUCUGCUGUGUGUGAGCUCCUUCCGACCCUGGAGCGUGGACACGGCCUAUCAGGGAGCAGCCUGUACGUCCUGGCCCAAUCAGAUCCCUUUGACCCGGCCCUCUCAGACUCUGACGACUCCCGCACCGGUUUCCCCCUGACGACAGACAGCCCCGCCCCGGGGGAGGAGCUUAGUGACGUCACCGCCAGGACGCCCGGCGGCAAACGGACUCUAGAUGAUGACACGUCACCCAACCCAGUCCCGUCCGCCAAGAGGAACCGGAGGAGGAAUGGCGAGGGAACGUUGGUGGGGCCGAAAGGCGGUGGAGGAAAGGACCAGAAACAGUCUCUGACUCCGCCCCCUACCAACAGUUCCCCCACGCUCUUCCAGCAGCAACACGGCAAGGCCACCGUGUGUGUGUGCUGAGACACACACACACACACACACACACACUAUAGACGGACUAACAGGGACACAAGACAGACAAUAACAUUCUGCCUUUUCCACAACCUUUUACAAACGACUCUGACUGACUGAGAGACCAGAGUCCCUUUCAGGGUCGUUAUUCCUCUGUUUGGUGACACCUACUAGUCACAUUUAUGGAUUACAUAUUGGUGUUGUGUUCUGCACUCUCUCUUCACUUGUCCUCUGUUAUUGUUCGUCUUACUCUGUUCUCUGGGAUGAUGGAGAAUAAUGAUUUUAAGUGGUGGUCUGUCAUGUAAAUCAUUUUUAAACCCCCGUAAGUAACUCUGUGAUGCAAAGAAAAGGUUAACAUUUUCAAAACGGCUCUUGUAAACACAUACAACGUUUUCCCAAAUUAGCCACAACAUUUGGGGUCGACAGGCAUUUAUAAAAAAAAAAUUAAAAAGUUUGGAAUACUGCCCCUCCCCCGGGGCGUGGCUGUCUGGGUGAUGGUUAACGUGUGAACGUACACAACGUCACAAGAUAUCUCGCACUCAUUAUGUCGUGACUAAAUCUUUAUUUAUUUAUUUUGAGGUUUGGUGCUGUUUUGGGGGACAGAAAAAUCACCCAAAGUAUGAAUUUAUCCAAUCUGUAAAUAUUCUGCAAAUCUUGACAUGGGUUCAUUUAAUAAAAUACACGUGUUACUUACUUUUAGGUAAAGCAAUAUAUUUUUUUAUACAUUAUACACUAUUGUAGAAGCUAUAGACGAGGAUAGCCUACCAUUUUUAGAUUUUCACAUCAAUAUAUUCCCACCAUUUCCUAAAUUCACUUCGUCUUGAUAUUCCCUCAAAUCAUUCAAUCCUCCUAUCCUUCCUUUAUGGUUUACUAGGCCCAUCCUGGUUUUAAAUUGGAUUUAAAAUGUUGUUUUUCCUUCUAUUUGUGUGUUCUGUUAUUUCUUCACAUAUUGUAAUGAGAUCAUCCCAAACUGAAAGGUGCUGUUAGUUUAAACCAGUGAACUAAUUCACCUAUAAUAAAUGUAAUUAGUUUGACAAGGUGAACCGUAUGAUAUAGUCAAGUCAGGAUGUUGCUGUUCCCACUGUCAGAUGAGCUCACAUGAUGACACCUUGUGGUCAUUACCUGUAACUGCAACACUUAGCCUAUUUAUUUUAUUUUCCUUUUUACUGAACCCCCCCCCCCCAACAACAAUAUCUACAGACAAUGAACUGUUGGCUAUUUAAAUGCUCCAGUUUAGUCUAUGGGUUCUGUUGUCUGCAGUGGUCUUUGAGAAAAUGGUUGUGGGAAACUAGCUAGUUGUCAAUAUACAUUUGUUUGUUUUUUAGUUUUUAGAAUACUGGGGGGGGGGGGGGGGGGUCUUAACUUUUAUUUGCUUCUCAAGUUGAUUGACUUGAACUAGGACUGCUAGAUAUAUACGCGACUCGUUGACAUCUUUUAAGUGAUUAUCAAUGUUUCAUUUAAAAAGCAGUCAGAUGCUUCAUCUUAAUUUACCUACAUGGAUAUGACUCGUGUUUUUUAUUUUACCUUUAUUUAACUAGGCAAGUCAGUUAAGAACACGUUCUUAUUUACAAUGACGGCCUAGGAACAGUGGGUUAACUGGUCUAGGAACAGUGGGUUAACUGGUCUAGGAACAGUGGGUUAACUGCCUGUUCAGGGGCAGAAUGACAGAUUUGUACCUUGUCAGCUCGGGGGUUUGAACUUGCAACCUUCCGGUUACUAGUCCAACGCUCUAACCACUAGGCCUCGGCAGCAUUGUUUUAUUAUUUGACCUGUAGUCCUCACAUCGCUGUUGCUGUGGUUACGGGGCAUCAGACUUUUGACAGUACUAGUGUUUUUAACAAAGGUCUACCGACUGCCACAUUUGCUUCAUGACAAGCUCUCGUUAAAUUAUUAAUCAUUUUCUGUAUGUAGUUUUAGUUUUUCUAGACCAAAGUGCCAUUUUAACUGGACAAUUUUAUUUUUUUUCCUAGUAGGCCUGUAUUUGUGUUAGUGUGUUUUACUCUUUUGUUGGAUUGAACAUUUUAAAUGUUUUUAGGUGAAGAGAUACUGAUGUGUCAUUCUGCCAGAACAUAUUUUCUGUUACUUUGUUUGUGAUGGUCUUGUGCAUAAUGUUUUUAGGAAUAGUAUUGGUUGCGUCCCAAAUGUAACUUUAUUCCAGAAGUAGUGCACUACUUAGCUACACACACAUACUCCAUAAUGACAAAGCUAAAAACAG